GUAGCCUACUACUUUUCUUUUUUUUUUCAUUUGUGGAGCGCUUUAUCAGCGGCAGUCUCCCCCGCCGUCCUAACAGCACAGUAAGGGGUCACUACCCCCACUCAAUACAGAGAGAGAGAGACGGGCACAAACACCUAGGGCUGACAGCAAAGCAGCGAAGACCGUAAUUAAACCGCGCGUCUUUGCUCCCCGACCAGAAACCCUCACUCACCCUCUAACUGUGCCGAGGACACUGGGUUUAACUUCGUCUAAAUAGGUUGACAGGGCGAGGAUCGCUUGUCUCCCAGGGGAUUCUGCGAAACAGCGUCUUUAGCCGGGUUGGACCCACUAGGCUACUAACUAGCCAGGGAAGGUCAAACGCACAGCCUGAGCCCAGUGGCGCGCUCGGUUCGGCUCGAGCUCAGUGCGUGCAGCAGCUGCUGUCUGUCCUUUUAUAGACAUUCUGCUGGAAAUGACACGAUCUAGCCUCGCUCCUCUGUCAUUCUCGUCGAUCUGAGGGACUCCAGACAGAACAGAGACCACACACUUCUGACUACCUGAAACCAGAACCAGGAAGUAAACAACACAGAAAACAACAUCAUGAAGACCUCCACCGUCUUCCUCUCGCUCCUCGCCUCACUCUCUUGUUCCCAGAGCGACUCUCCGGAACUCAUCGUGACAACGCGGGCAGGAAGCUUACGCGGCAUCCGCCUACCGACGCCCGACAGGAGUCACGUGACUGCUUUCCUCGGCAUCCCAUUCGCCGAGCCCCCGCUGGGCAAGAAGCGCUUCCGUAAGGCGGAGCCAAAGAAGCCGUGGUCGGGAGUGUUCGACGCUAGCUCCUACCCCAACGCCUGCUAUCAGUUCAUUGACACUUCUUUCCCCGGGUUCCAAGGAUCUGAGAUGUGGAACCCAAACAGGGAGAUGAGUGAGGACUGCCUAUACCUCAAUGUCUGGGUACCAACCUCCCCCAGACCUCACAACCUCACCGUGAUGGUGUGGAUCUACGGUGGAGGCUUCUACAGUGGCUCCUCCUCCCUGGAUGUGUAUGAUGGACGUUACCUGGCCCACUCUGAGAAGGUGGUGGUGGUGUCCAUGAACUACCGUGUCGGGGCCUUUGGUUUCCUGGCUCUUCCUGGCUCUUGGGAGGCCCCUGGGAAUGUGGGGCUCCUAGACCAACGUAUGGCCCUCCAGUGGAUCCAGAAUAACAUACAUGUCUUUGGGGGCAACCCCAAGCAGGUGACCAUCUUUGGGGAGAGUGCAGGAGCAGUCUCUGUGGGAAUACACCUCCUGUCUCCAGACAGCCGCCCCACCUUCGCCCGAGCCAUCCUCCAGAGUGGAGUCCCCAACUGUCCCUGGGCCACUGUUACGCCCGCUGAAGCCCAGCGGAGAGCUGCCAUGUUGGGGAAACUGGUGGGCUGUCCCUCUGGGGGUAACGACACAGAGCUGGUGGACUGUCUCCGUAACAAGCCCCCCCAGGACCUCAUCGACCAGGAGUGGCAGGUCAUGCCAUGGUCGGCCAUCUUCCGUUUCUCCUUCGUGCCGGUCAUCGAUGGCGUGGUCCUUCCUGACAACCCAGAGGCCAUGCUGUCAUCAGGCAACAUCAAAGACACCCAAAUCCUGCUGGGAGUCAACCAGGACGAGGGCUCCUUCUUCCUCCUCUACGGAGCCCCCGGCUUCAGCAAGGACAACGAGUCAUUGAUCUCCCGUGAGGACUUCCUGGAGAGCGUGAAGCUGAGUGUCCCGCACGCCAACGAAAUCGGCCAGGAGGCUGUGGUGCUGCAGUACACUGACUGGUUCGAUGAGAACAAUGGAGUGAAGAACCGAGACUCCCUGGAUGACGUGGUCGGAGACCAUAAUGUCAUCUGCCCUCUGCAGCAGUUUGCCAGGACCUACUCCCAGCUCCACUCUAACCUGGGUGCCAACAAUGGACAACAGGCGGGCAACGCUGGGGCCAUGACCAAGGACGGGAACUCACAAAGUGGAGUGUACCUGUACCUGUUUGACCACCGUGCGUCUAACCUGGCGUGGCCUGGGUGGAUGGGCGUUAUCCAUGGUUACGAGAUAGAGUUUGUGUUCGGCAUGCCACUGGAGAAGAGACUCAACUACACAGCCGAGGAGGAGAAACUGAGCCGACGCAUGAUGAGAUACUGGGCUAACUUCGCACGCACCGGUAACCCCAACAUCAAUUUUGACGGCAGUGUGGAUAGCAGGCAGAAGUGGCCGCAGUUCACCAACAGUGAGCAAAAACACGUGGGGCUGAACACAGAAUCUCUGAAGAUCCACAAGGGCCUGCGGAACCAGCUGUGUGCAUUCUGGAACCGCUUUCUGCCACGCCUCCUCAAUAUCACCGAUAACAUAGACGAGGCGGAGCGUCAGUGGAAGGUGGAGUUCCAUCGCUGGUCCUCCUACAUGAUGCAUUGGAAGAGCCAGUUCGACCAUUACAGCAAGCAGGAGCGCUGCACUGACCUCUGAGGAGAGGAGAGAGAGAGAUGCCGACCAUGUCCUUCCAUAUUAUCCUACAUGUCUUCAUGUGAUAUGUUGAGGCUGUUAUAUUUAACUCAAUGUGUUUUUUCUGGUUUCCAUUGCAGAGGUUAUAGCAGGUCUAUAAGACUAUUCAUCAGACAGGAGUUAUGGAAGGAGAUGGUCAUUGAUGAAGAGUUUGAAUAGGUGUGUGUUUGUGUGUGUGGUACGACUGAACCUCUGGGUCCCACCCACCUCAUUUUUUUUUUUUUUUUUAAAACUUUUUUACUAUUUUCCAGUUGAUACAAAUUUCACGAUCUGCUCAUUUGAAAUGAUCUUUAUUUAAAACAGCUAGUGUUGUCUGUCUAUGUAUCUGUUCACUUGUCUUGAUCUCAAAUAUUCUUCCCUCUGGUUAUAUAGUGCUGUUCAUUGUAUCUCUGUGUAGUGUCUUCUGCUGUCUCAAAUUGUGCACCACUUGGCUCUGGUCAAAGUAGUGUACUAGGAAGAGUACUACAUAGGGAAUAGAGUGUGAUUUGGGAUUGAGUCUGUGUGGGUCCAAAUGUAAAACCUAAAACCAUUGAUCAACUGUUAUGUUAGUCUAGGAAUCUGGAGCCAUGUAAAUCCCUGUGUUCUGGGUUAGAAAAUAACUGCACUGAAACUGUGUGUGUGUGUGUUACAUGUCCAUCUUGAUGAUCACUGCUUUGGUAUUGGUUUUCAAUCCAUAGUGUGUUUAUGAACUGUGUAUGCACUUGUCUGCAUAUAUUCACAUAUCUCUGUCAAUCGCCUAUAUGUAGCUAAACUAACCCCUCGUAUGCCAGUACACCUACUGUUUGUUUUAGUGCGUAUUAUUAUAUUUUGUGUGUGUGUGUAUGUGUACUGCUGAUGUUGUCUCUGUACCAACGGUUGAUGUGUUUCUCUCCUCCAUCCCCCUCUCCAUCUAUCCCUCCUCCUCUCUUCUAUUCCUAUCUCGCUCCCUCCCAUCUUUCUCUCUAUUCCUAUACAUCUCUCUCCCCACUUUUUCCACCUCACUGUUUCUUAUCUCUCCAUCUCUCUCUCUCUCUUCCAUCCAUCUCUCCGUGUCCCCAGAGGAUGAACGUUCUCGUUAGUCUAAUGGAGGCUGAAGUAAUUCACUCAGAGCGUGGGUGUGUGUGUGUGUGUGUGUAAUUCACUUAGAGCGUGUGUGAAACAGCAGGAUGCUGCGUCUGCCUUUUACUGGCUAUGAGACUGACAGGCCUGGCUGUGCUGUAUACUGCGGUGGCUGGGUUUGAAGGAGAGAGAGGGUGGAGGAGUAGAGAGUGGAAUAGGGGUGAGAUGAGAGAGAGAUCAGGUAGAGGGGAAGGAGAGAGCGAGAGAUGGAGGAACAAAGAGAUAGAGAGGGAUAGAAAAAUUAUAAAACAGGGUUCUGUGCUCCUCCUGUCUGUACCACAGUUAUUGAUCUUUAAUGGGACAUAUGCAUAAUACCUCUGUGUGGGUUUUGAUUCCUCUCUUUCAGUAUGUUAUUUUACUGUUACACUUGCAUGCUUCAGGUUUACACCAACUACUGUGUCAGUAUAAUGGACUGUUGUGAGUUUGGCUGCUCUCUUGAGGGCUUUGUGAUAAGUAUGUCAGCCUGACUGACUGUGUAUGUUUACUGUCAGUCUGAACCUCUGUCCACCUCUGUCUGUAUAACUCUACAGCUGUCUGUCUGUCUCUUCGUAUGUCUGUCUGUGUCCAUCUGUGUGAUGGUGUGUGACGUCGUCUAUUUGUGAUGUCAUAUGUGCGUGAUGUCAUAUUGAUUUGAACUCGCGUCCGUUGACACUGUGGAAGAAAUCAGGAUCAGCCUUGUGAUUGGUCAGUGGGUCUUUCUGUGAAGCAUUGUGAUUGGUUUAUUUACCUGGCAUGUAGAACUCCUAUUUAAUGACUGGAGUAGAGUAGUCUAGCUUUAAAAAUAAAAUAUAUAAUGUAUAUUGAAAAGAAUUGUAAAAAGUGAAAGACUGUCUGUAAUUACUUAGAUACUGGAUGAGUCCCAAAUGGCCUCUAUUCCGAUAGGGCCCUAGUCAAAGAUAGUGGGCCCUGGUCAAAAAGUAGUGCACUACGUAGGGAAUAGGAUGCUAUUUGGGACAUGCCCACUUUGUUUGACUGAAAAUAAUGCAUGUGUGUAUCACAGGAGGUUAGUGUUAACCUUAAAUGGGGAGGACGGGCUCGUGGUCAUGAUUGGAGCGGAAUAGGUGGAAUGGUACCAAACACAUGGUUUCCAGGUCUUUGAUGCCAUUCCAUUUGCUUCGUUCCCGACAUUAUUGUGAGCCGUUCUGCCCUCUGCAGCCUCCUGUGGUGUGUAUGAAUGGUUGUGUGCGUGAGUGUUCCGAUGAUGAGUGAGUGACAGCUGCUCAAGCACCUCUUGUCCAUUAAAGAGGGCCUGCUUAACCUUUCUCCUCCAAUAAUAUCCCCUGAUGCAUGUGCCGAGCACCCACCCCCUUUCUCUGUAUUCUACUCCAAAUGUAUGACUGUUAUUUUCUGUAGCGAUAUAUUCCCUGAUGUACUGAUUUGUAUUUUGAUGAUUAUUACGAUUAUUACGACUACUAUAGCUUUGAGAUUAGAGUUGACGUGAGCAAUAAUAUAAAACAUAUGAUGAAAAUAUAUUUGAUAUUUAAAUGCAUUGACAUUUAUUGUGUGAUGAUGAUGGAUGGAUAUUAUUACCAUUAACAAUGAAAGGGAGGCUAAUACCUGGAUAAGUGUGUGUGUGUGUGUGUGUGUGUGUGUGACAUCCUUUGAUUUGAAUUGUUGUAUUUUUUUUCUUAUGUUCUAUAUAUUUUUCUGAUUUAUUUAUCUUUUGUUAUAUACUUUUUUUUUUAAAUCCAACAGUAUUACUACAGUCUACUAGUACAUAGAGUAUACUAUAAUGGUAUACACAGUAUAGACAGUAUACUAGUACUAGAGUAUUACUACAGUAUACUAGUAUAUAGAUUAUGACCCUGGCCAUGACCCCACUCUCCGAGGGUGUCUCAGAGGUAGUUGGGAAUGCAAAAAACACAUUUCCAAUUUGGACAACUAUAAGCACCGAACAAAUUAUUAUUAUGUUUAUACAGUAUAGUAUUUACUGUAUACUAGUACUACUACUACUCCUGCAUCCUCAUUUGUUAUGGUCACUAGUACUUUAAAUAAUACAUUAGAAUGGCUUUUGUAGAAGUAUGUAUUCAUGAAUGCCAGCUUGUUGUUUGUGAAAUUGCAACAAAAUAAAGACACCUUGCUGCUGAUCAGU